CAUAGCUUUUGGAAUUUUACUUUGUUGAAGACAUUGAUGAGAACAAAUUCGCACCUCUUACAUAGGGAAUAAAAAACAAACAACCCAGCUGAACAGAAUUUAUCGGACUGCUAGAUGACAAAAUGGAGAAAACAGGAAAUCUCAAUGGCAUUUGUAGGUGGUAUAUUUAUGCAAUGCAUGGAUAUGUGUGCGAGAUCAUGUUCACAGCAGCUUGGGACUUAUGCCACACACACAGCUGGAAACUAAUUGGCGUCAGCAGCAUUUGGGCUUUUUUCAUAUACGGAACAGCAAUUUUUAUCAUAGAAAAAAUGCAACUUUACCUUUUUUCAAGAGUCAACAUCUUCGUAAGAUGUUUAAUGUAUACUAUAUGGACAUACACAUGGGAGUUUUCAACAGGUUAUAUUUUAAGGAUAUUUGAUGCUUGUCCAUGGGAUUACUCUCAUUUUCCUGGAAAUAUAAUGGGCCUUAUUACCUUGGAGUAUGCUAUCCCGUGGUUCUUUGCCUGUAUGAUAGCAGAACAGGUGGUGAUCAAAAAUACUCUUCUUCUACAAUUUCCUGUGCAAUCAAAUCACAGAAAACACAAGGAAUGUUAACGACCAACCAAACAGUAACGUCGUGGACAUUCUAUACCUAAUUCUUCAGUAAUCCAACCAGUAACUGGUUAUAGCUACUUUUGUUUGUAUAUUGUAUUAGAAUUAUAUAUUUCCUCUAACUAACUAUAAAUGCAAUGUUGAUUUCCGUGCCUUAUCUGAAUUCAAUCACCUAUGCCAAAGUAAAUGGUUAUAACA